AUGAGCCGAAUAGGCUUUCUCUUUCUAAUAUUUGGAUUCGUCCGGUCUGUUCCGGUGAGCAUACAGGAUAGUAUAGUUUCUACGACAUCACCAUACUCUGUAUCUACUUCACCACUUCCUGUUUCAUCUAAAGUUGUUUCGUACAAAAAUGAUCAAGCAGCAAAUUUGGAAUCCGUUUUUCAUCCAGAUUGUGCUGAUCCUCACAACAAAGGCGUAGCAUGUACUGCUCACAAAGUUGAAUGCGAUUUGCUUACUUUCAAUGAAUCUCUAUAUAAGCAUAAUCCUUCUGCUCCCUUCGAUCUCCGAAUUGAGCCUUUAGCCAAAUCUUCUAGUCGACUUCAAGACCAAAAGAAAAAGCAUUUGCUACAUGUUGAUAUUUCAUGGCAAAUGCCUCUUAAUGGAAAUUCAUCAACUUUGAGAUCAUUCAAGCUUGAGAUUCAAGGACCGGAGAAUGAACGAAACUGUUUUACAUUCAAUGUUUCCGAAGUGGAAGUGAACGAUGAUUCUUCUUCGCCACGGUUCCAUUUUACGACAGACAGUUUAUUUGAUUUUCAAAAAACUUAUUUGGUAAAGCUAUCUACUUAUCCUCACUCAUCCAAAGUUGGAAGCAUCUCCAAAGUACUGACGAUGCCUAUUGAUCCAGAGUUAGAGCUAUCUGAUCCGGAAAAUAUUACUCAAUAUUGCCGGACACAUGCUCCUACACCUGAGGCCUCAAAAUGGACGGCAGGCUUUCGAAAAAUAUUUCUUCAAGCCAUUACAAAGACAAUUCAUAUAGAAUUUGUUGGGGCGCCGGCACAUUAUUGUUUCGAAGAAUAUGAAGUCCGACUUUUGGAUGAGACGGGCAUCGAGCUUUUGCAUCACACGAUUGUCAGGGCAGCAGACAUGAAGAAAGAGUGGAUUGAUGGCAAAUUGGUGACAUUCGGAGAACACAACUUUACAAAUCUUGAGCUGGAAACAGAUUAUAUACCAUCUGUGAUCCCAGUUGAGAUUGCACACGGGAAGUGUGUUUGUCCGACAAGCCAAGAAACAGGAGCUUGUAGUUGUAUUGCUGCUGAUUGGAAAAAAGUUCGAUUAGAUCGAGUUGAAGUUUCACUUGUCCGUAGCACUACAACUAAGCCGACGACCAUUGAACAAGGGCAGAAUGACAAAUUGUUCACAAUUGUUUUCGUAAUUUUUGUUUUGAUUGGAAUGGGAGUUAUAAUGAUUUGCUGUAUAGCUGCUUCUAUUGCUAUUUGUAGAAAUUAUGAAGAACGUCGAAAGGAACAAUGUGUUCGUUUUGUACCAAAAUCUAAUGGCAAAAUAGCUGAUACUCAUGCUCCUCUCAUUCACACUUGCGGAAGUACAUCAGUUUUGAUAUUAUAUUCACAUGACAGUAUUCAUCAUGAAGCUGCUGUCUUAGCAUUUGGUGAAUUAUUGAAAAAUUUGUUUGGCUAUGAUGUUCACCUGGAUGUAUGGGAUAGUAGUGAUAUUGAGAAAAAUUGGUCGGAGUAUGUCAAUGCCAGCAUUGUCAGAGCUGAUAAGAUCAUCGUCGUCAAUUCUGUCGGAGCAUAUUUGCGUGUUCGCUCGCGAUAUAACCGUGGGGAUGGAAUUGAAAAAGUAGAAAGCGGUCCAUACGAUCGUCUUUUUACCCAACAAAUUGAUUUAGCUUUACAACAUGCGCGUGUAAUUUCAAUACGAUUUGCUUAUACACCACCUGCUGCAACUAUUUAUGCUUUGACUCCAUUACUUCAAUAUACAAUACCGGAUAACAUCAGCUUGCUCGUUUCAUCCUUGAGUGAUUGUUCGAUCAUGAAUGAUGGAAGACUCGUCAGCUACUCACCUGAAAUGCUCAAACUCAAUGCUGCUGUUUCUCGUAUGAGUCAAUUCAUUGAGAAUGAGCCUAAAUGGUUCCAAAAGACUCACCAACGGGUUCCAUCGUUAUUACCACUAAGUCUACCUACAGAUUCUAUUGAUAGCGGAUUUGAUUCAUCUUCUCACAAUACUAGUCGUGACGAGAUUCAAAUUUCCAUCACGAAUGCUUUGAAAGACAUAGCUGAACCAUCCUCAGCUGUUAUAAUACCAGCUUCUCCCAUGAUAGAUGAAGAUAUUCCGUUGUUAGAAGUAAGACAGCCAGAAGAUGAGAGUUUAUCUUAUGUAGAAGAACAACUAGAAGAAGCAUCAACAAAGCUAGACGAGCAGUCUAAUGAUUCAGCCUUCUUUAGCGGGCCAUUAACAGAAGACUUUGGUGAACACAUUGAGGUUCGUGACAAGCCAAGGUUACACGAUAAUGAUUUGAUAGUAAAAACCAAUUACAUAAGUAAUGCUAAUAAUGACUCAGGAAUUGUUGAAUCAACAAUAUUGGAUACCAUCUGA